CCGGUGGACUCACGCACACUCUCCGAACGUUGGCACCAGCUAACUUGUCAUGGCGGACGUCAGCGAGGUUUUGAUGUCGGUUUUGUCCACAAUUCGGGUACCCAAGCCCGGGGACCGUGUCCACAAAGAUGAAUGCGCCUUGUCAUUUUCCUCCCCGGAAAGCGAAGGAGGCUUGUACGUGUGUAUGAACAGCUUCCUAGGCUUUGGAAGUCAGUAUGUGGAGAGGCACCAUGCUCGGGCUGGUCAGAGGGCUUACUUGCACAUCACAAGGACUCGCAAGGCCAAGAAGGAAGACGAUAAUAACUCUGGAUCGGGACAUCCGCCGAAGAAGAAGCCCACCAGAUUGGCUAUAGGCAUCGAAGGCGGUUUUGAUGUGGAGCAGGAGUACUAUGAGGAGGACUACAAGGUUGUCAUUUUUCCUGAAAGACAGGAAGUCACAUCGGAGGACCUCGCAUCCAUGCCCGACGUUGUGAAAGAGCGGGUAUCACUGUCAAUGGCGGGCAUCAUCGCGGCCGACUCGGUGUCUCACGCCUUGCAAGUACAACAGUGGGACGGUGAGGUGAGACAGGAGUCACGGUUUGCCGUCGACCUCAAGCAACUUGACAAUGGCGUCAAGAUCCCGCCCAGUGGCUGGCGAUGCGAAGUGUGCGGCCUCCAAGAGAAUCUCUGGAUGAACCUGACGGACGGCAAGGUGCUUUGCGGUCGCAGGUACUUCGACGGCUCGGGCGGUAACAACCACGCCCUGCUCUACUUCCAAGAGACGGGAUACCCGCUGGCGGUCAAACUGGGAACCAUCACCCCAGACGGAGCAGAUGUUUACUCUUACGACGAGGAUGACAUGGUGCUGGACCCCAAGUUACCCGAGCAUCUUUCUCACUUUGGCAUCGACAUGAUGACCAUGGAGAAGACCGAGCGGACCAUGACAGAGCUGGAGAUCGCCGUGAACCAGCGCGUGGGCGAGUGGGAGGUGAUCCAAGAAUCCGGGACCACCCUGCGCCCGCUGUUCGGGCCCGGCCUGACCGGCAUGAAGAACCUGGGCAACAGCUGCUACCUCAACUCCGUCAUGCAAGUGCUCUUCACCGUUCCAGACUUCGAGAGCAAGUAUGUGUCCGAGAUGGACAAGAUAAUGGACGAGGCCCCGAGUGACCCCACUCAAGACUUCAAAAUCCAAGUGGCCAAACUGGGCUACGGGCUGUCGUCGGGAGAUUAUUCCAAACCAGCACCGGACCCCGGGGAAGAAAAUGCUGCAGCUGAGCACAAGGAUUACCAAAUCGGCAUAGCGCCAAGAAUGUUCAAAGCACUUGUGGGGCGGGGCCACCCGGAGUUCUCCACCAAUCGGCAGCAGGACGCUCAGGAGUUUUUAUUGCACUUCAUAAACAUGGUGGAGAGAAACUGUCGCUCGGGGCCCAACCCGUCUGAGGCCUUCAGGUUCCUGGUGGAGGAGAAGAUUGUGUGUCAGCAGUCCCGAAAGGCCAAGUACACGCAGCGGGUGGAUUACAUCAUCCAGCUGCCCGUGCCCAUGGACCAGGCCAUCAAUACAGAUGAGCUGCAGGAGGCGGAGCGCCGGCGCGAGAACGGCGACUCGACGGUCACGCCCGUGCGAGCGCAAAUUCCCUUUGCGGUUUGCAUGGCGGCCCUCAGCGAACCCGAACUCCUUACGGACUUCUGGAGCUCCGCCGUGCAGACCAAGACCACCGCCACCAAAACGACCCGCUUUGCUUCCUUCCCCGACCACCUGGUUAUUCAGAUUAAGAAGUUCACCUUUGGCCUUGACUGGGUCCCCAAGAAACUGGACGUGAGCAUCGACGUCCCCGACACGCUGGACCUGAGCGCGCUCCGCGCGACGGGCCAGCAGCCGGGAGAGGAGCUCCUACCGGAGGUGGCCCCGCCCCCACUCAUGACCCCCGAUGUGGAGGUUAAAGGUACCCUGGGCUCCCACGGCAACGAGGAGGACGACUCUCUCUACUCCCCACUGCUGUCUCCAGUCCUGGACGACUCCACCGUGUCGCAACUCUGCGACAUGGGCUUCCCCCUGGAGGCGUGCAGAAAAGCCGUGUACUACACGGGAAACACCGGCAUCGACUCUGCCAUGAAUUGGUUGAUGGGCCACAUCGACGAUCCAGACUUCUCCGCCCCCUUGGUCCUGCCGGGCUGCAGCGGCGGCACCACGCCGACCAUGGAGAGCGUCUCCGAGGAGCACCUGGCGACCAUCGUCUCCAUGGGCUUCAGCCGAGAACAAGCAACCAAAGCACUUCGAGCGACGAGCAAUACUCUGGAGCGGGCCGUGGACUGGAUCUUCUCACACCUGGACGACCUUGAGUCUAUGGAGGUUUCCGAAGGCGGUCGCUCGGCCGCCGAGAGCGAGGCCGCUCGAGAGCCUCCGCCCGGGCCUUGCGUCAGAGACGGACCAGGCAAAUAUGAACUGUUUGCCUUCAUCAGCCACAUGGGCACGAGCACAAUGUGCGGCCACUACGUCUGUCACAUCAAGAAGGAUCAGCAAUGGGUCAUCUUUAACGACCAGAAGGUGUGCGCCUCCGAGAAGCCCCCCAAGGACCUGGGCUACCUCUACUUCUACCGGCGGGUGGCCGAAUGAGACAGAGCGAGCUGUUGCAACACUUUAUGCGGGGCAAACGUGGCGAGUGUGGAUUCUCUCUCUCACACACACACACACACACACACACAAACACACGUACAGCUUUUAAUGGCGCACCUCCCUAAAAUGUCUUUGAAAGACCCUGGCACUCGUUAUAACUGUAAAUACCGGUACUCUCUGAUUGCUCAUGGCCGAUUUUUAAAUUUUUUUGGGGGGGGGAUCCAAGUUUUCUCAGUAAAUCCUCCCUGAACCGAACUCUCACUUCUAUCCAAGGCCUCCUGUCAGCCUCUGAAAUUGUGUCUCCAUGAUUGGUUUACAGUGCAUGUCCCAUUUGAAAAGUACCAUACACGUCCUUCCAGCCCCGUCCUCUCCCCCCUCUAACUUGACAACACUUAAGCCAAGUCCGCCUCCACCUUAGACCGCCAUUCAGAGCGAGCAAGCGAGUGACAGAGGGAGAGAACAAGUGAUGGACAGAACGUCUGCUUCACGGUGUGCUACAAAAGAAAAUAAAAAAACACCAUACCAA